ACAACACAUACCAUAUACCAACCCCUUCUGCGGCCUUUCAUCUCUGUGUGUGAAGUGAAAUAGUGGUUUUUAAACAAGUGAAGUUCACUAUUAAUUAGCAGUUUGGGAAAGAUGGGAGCACUCAGUGACGAAUUGGACUUUCUUCAACUAAGGCAACAACUGAAACAACGCAUCAGAAACAAUCAUAUGAAGGAAUUGGGUUAUGCUCCUCAAUCCUCGGUUAAUAAGAACAAAUUACUUUCCGACAAUUUUGGAUCUUUCUUUGGCCCAUCGCAAUCUGUUAUUGCGCAAAGAGUGAUUGAAGAAAGCAAAGCAUUCAUGCCAGAGUUGAGGAAUUUGGCAUCUAAGGUCGGAAAUUCCCAUGAUAAGGGUAACAAGAAGCUAAAGAGCCCUGUCUUAAGCACGACCAACGCAAAGUCUGGUUUGAGAUGUAAAAACCUUAAGGAGUCCCGGGAUUAUACCUUCUUACUAUCGGACAAUGCAGAAAUUCCUUCAACUUCAAAGGGAGGAGAGCCUCGACUUGUGAAAAAUUCUCUCUCCAAUUCAAGCAAUAAAAGAAAUCCGGUUUCUGCUAUACACAGAGCUUCUUCAACAAAUUUGAAAUCCGUAAAGAGGCAACAUUUGGAAGAGAAAGUUCAGUCACUGCCUGCAACAAGGAAAAAAUUGGAACAACCAAAGAAAUUGCAUCCACCUAAGAAAGCAAAACUGAUGGCAGACAAUUGCAAAACAGCCUUGAAAACAUCACAAUCUUCAACAAAGCCGAACAUAAAACAAGCAAAGCAUUGUCUUGAGCCCGAGAACACAAAAGUAAAGCCAGAACAGAAAAGCUCUUCCUUAAAAAGAUCACAAUCUUCAACAAAGCAAAACAUAAAACCAGCAAAGCAAUGUGUUGAGCCCGAGAAUACAAAAGUGAUGCCAAAACAGAAAAGCUCUUUCUUAAAAAAUCAGACCAAACGCCAUGUGGAGGAUAGUUAUGAUGAUGACAAUCUUGACAUUUCCUCUGUGAUCAAAAUGUUUGGACCUAAACGCAAACACAGAGAAGAUGAUUACGACGACGAUAGCGGUGCCAUGGUCUCCAGCUUUGCUGAUAUUAUGCGAGAAGAGAGGAAGAGUGCAAAAAUUGCUAGGAAGGAGGAUGAAAUAGAGCGUCUCCAGCUUGAAGAAGAAGAGAAGCAGGAGAGAUUAAGAAAAGCAAAGAAGCGGAAGCUGUGAGAUAUUAAGAAAAACUGAUGUUGCAUUCGGAUAUGGGAUUUCAUAUUGAAGAUAAUUGGAUUUCUAAUUCUUAAUGUAAAUUGUCUAGUUGAUAUAAGAAUUGAGACGUAUUAGCUAAUUCAAAAUAAGACGGUGGAGAAGAGAAGUGAACUUGAAUAAAUGCAACUAGAAGCAAAUAUACAAACACAAUCUCUCUAUGCACAUGGACACACAACCAAACUCACAUCACCAAGAACAAAACCCAGGGAUUCACAUUAACCUAGUCCCUCCCUCUUUUUUUCUCUACUUUUUCAUUCAUGAAAGGGUUACAGACAUUUAAGACAGCUGUGGUUUUUGAGCUCCUUAACACAGGAAACUUAACAAUAUAAUUUUGGACUGACAAAGAAAAAGGCAAACAAAAAUGAAACAUGAGCAUGUAAAUGUAUGUGAAAAUGGAAGUGUACUACUGCCUGUCCGUCUCCAAAACCUCCGAGAUACGAAAGCCUCGGAAGCUUCAUCCAUGGCAGCCUCUGGCUUCCACCAUAUGUUCUCAGUUCUAGUUUUCAGAGCCGAUCGAUUGGCUCAGUGCGGUCCUGAACUGCAAGCCGCUCUGA